GCCGUAAAGUCAAAGUAAUUACGUGUUGACUAAAUGUUUUCUUUCCUAGCCAUACACCGUUGACCACUUCAAUGGCUUCGCGCUCGUCUUCUUCUUCUUCUUCACCACACAAAGCCACAAUCUUUUGAAUUUUCCUCUUCCCUUUCUUUCACCAUCAUCUCUCUCUCGGAUCCAUGGCCUAUAACAAUUUCACCCGCCUCGAUGCUCAAUCCGCCGCCAAGAAAGCCGUCUCAGUGAUCGGAUUAGGUUACUAUCUCUGCUCCGAUGUUCGUUUCUCCGCUUGUAAAACUACACCAGACGGUUCCAGGUUAGUCGAAAUCGUCCCGACCCGGAACCGUGACUUAGUCUUCCCCGGUGGGAUCGUCGUUAACAACGUCUCGAGCUCGAUUAAGUGCGAUAAAGGCAAACGUACUCGAUUACGCUCCGAUAUACUCUCUUUUAAUCAGAUGUCGGAGAAGUUUAAUCAAGAUAUGUGUCUCUCCGGGAAGAUUCCGUCGGGGAUGUUUAAUAAUAUGUUUGCGUUUAGUAAAUGUUGGCCUAAAGAUGCGAGCUCUGUGAAGAAUUUAGCUUAUUGGUUCAUUAGCUUGUAUAUACGUGUUGAGAUUGUUAGGAAGCAAUUGACUCUACGUGAUGAAGUGAAACGUGAGGUUCCUUCUUCUUGGUACUCAUGUAGUUGUUGGAGUGAGUACUAA